CGUAUCGUCAUCAAGGCGUGAUAGAAGCUUCUUGCGGCCUUCUAUCGCCACCGGAACUGACUCGGGUCCAGGAGCAGCUAUUCUGAAAAUGUGGUAUAAAUGAUCACUCUGCAGCUCAGCUUCAGUCUUCAUCCAAUCAAUAGCCGCAAUCGCACAACAAUAGCCUAUUGCUAGUUCCCUAUUGUGACCUUCUGAGUUGUGGACUCCUAUUAUUACGGGCUCCUCAAUAGGCACUUCCCAAUACACAAUGGAACAAUGGAAAGGAGGUUUAUUUGGAGCGAGAGCAUCUACGCCACAGAGAAAACUACAAAAGGGCGUCACGAAGCAACGAAGCUGCCACCUCGGUAAACAAUUCCACGCAAGCAUAUCACGCCCGGUAACAAGAGCCGAUAUAAGCAAUACCCAAGACGACGAGUCGAAAUUCCUGACGCCCCGUCAACUAUCAUCAGCAUCUUUGGAUCCCAGUAAUCCUAGACCAGACUUGCCUUCACGAAGACACGGGCAGUUCUACGAACGCGAGACACCUUUCCCGCCCUUAGAACGACUCAGACAGCCAGCUCAGAUGUUCUCGGAACUCUCGCACCUCAUUCCCGGCAAACAGCUGCGGCGGCAUUCGUCGACCCAGAUCCGUCGCGCCCUCUCGAUUUCGAAAAUGAAGCCGCGCAGGAAGACACCAACGCUUUCCAUCGCCCCGGUGGAGGAUGCCCCGAAGCCCUGUCCCGGCCAUGACAGGACCAGGACAUCGAGCGUCGACCUAAUCGCGGAGCAGUACCGGACUCUACUGGAAGUUCGGCGCGACUCCACGUAUUCGGAUACCGAUUGUUCCCAGCACGACGACAGCCACAACUGCGAACUCCUCGCCACCACUACUGAACGGCGGCGCAGCUCGAGCUACUAUUCCCCAGAGGAAUCUCCCUUGGACCCUUCACUCGACUUCGCCGAGUGGCAGGAUAUAUCUCCACGAUCAGAAAACGACACGCUGGUCUCGUUCGACGACGAAGCCGUAUACUUCAAGCCCGUCUCCUUCUCUCCGGAGCUACCGUCCCAAUUUUCCCACCACCAUCCUUCUUUCCAGACGACGACAGAGAGAAGGCUUCCAUCACCAUCAUUAUCGUCGUCUUCUGCGUCUUCUGCGAACGACAGCAGCAACGUAAGCCUGCAGAUCUGUCUCGAUCUCCUCACGCGCGAGCUAUCAGCGGCAAUUGGAGGGAGCCGGCCGGCGAGCCACUCUUCCUCUUCUUCUUCUCCGGAGAGUGAGAGUAACAGCGGCAUGUCGGCGCUGCAGGUGUGGGCCAUGAUCGAGGCGUACGAGCGGUUGCGGGACCAACUGGUUGAGAUCGGUACCACUACUGCUACUACUGCUAGUCACGGCAGGAAGGAUGAUGAUGAGGAUGAGGAUGGGCGGCGGGCGAGGGAGAUGGAGCGCAUGUUUGAUAUGUGGCUACGGGCGUUGUACGCCAUCCACGACUCGCUGGCUCGCUAAAUUGGAGAGACGAGAGUAUGGGACUGCGGAUGGUGGGGUGCAUGUGCACUGGUGAUGAUUAUGUGGCAGGGGUUGGUUGGGAUUUCCAGGUUGGGAAGGAGUUGUGGGAUUAUUAGUGUAGAUUGUGGCGUUGGGUGUGUGCGAUACCAAGGUACCGAGUUUUGUUUCCAUCUCAAUAGACCGCUGCUUUAUCAACAGAUGAUCCUCUUCUAAGCUAAGCUGUUUGGCCUGUUUGAUCUGGCUGUAUGUGUUCAUCACGAUCGCCACGGCGUUCAAAUCAAAGGUGCUUCUUCCCGACCGCUAUUGAAGAGCGUCGAUAAGGUGAAG